CAGCAUGACUGCACUCAUGAAUAACCCUUAGUUAACCCUCAGCCAAAUAUGUUUUGCUCACGAGCAUAGUGACAUUUAAAGUUCGUGUAUUAUUUGUUACGAGUUUUUAUUUCGCAAUACAGCAAUUGAAUAAAACAACGAUGUCUCAAAUUGAAAAUGUUGAUGAUUUGCAAAUUGAAAUCCAAAAGCUUUUAGCAGAAAUUAACAAGAACAUGAAUAAACUCAAAAAUGAGGUAGAAUCUCUGCAUAAUAUCUUAGAAAAAGAUGCUUCUCUACCUGUAAGUGCAAAAAUGGUAAAUGAAGUAUUAAUGGUAGCUGCUAAGGAAGCUGGAAUUGACUUAGCUGAUGUUCAAGUAGAAUCAAGUGAUGAAGAGAUUUGUGAACAAAAUGUACCUGAACACAAUGCUUCUGAACAAAAUGCUUCUGAAUACAAUGCAUCUGAAGAAGAUGAAUCCAACAGAGAAAACGUUAUGCAAGAGUCACGAAGUGAAGAAGCAACAGUUUCAACAAAUGCUACUUCUGUGGCUGCUGCGGCUGAUAAACUUACAAAAAAAGUUAAACGUACAUUAAGAUGAGUUGAAAGUAUGUUAAUACUACUGUGAAUAAUUAUGUAAAUAUCGAUACA